GGGUUGACGGGGGAUUAAACACGUCAAAGCGUCAACAGGGUCUGCAAACGAAGGAAGCGCUUAAAACCUCGCUGCAAAUUACAAAGAUCGUUCAAGUUGUCGAUUAAUCCUUUUGGAUUACAAGGAGGUUGUGAUUCUUUUUAAUUUGCAGUCGAUUUCAGUGUUGUGAUUCAAUUCGGUCUUCAAGCGUUCGAUUGUCAGUUGUUUCAGCUUCUUUGAGCGAGAAACGAUCCAGAAACCAGGGAGAUUAUUCUCGCGUAGCAGCGAUGGGGUGUCCAUAGCCGCCCAGACUCUCAGUUCUUGAUCGACAAGGGGCCGUGGAGGGGAAUACGGGGGCGAGGGCUCUUAAAAAUACGACUGGAUUUUGACGUCGGCUGGAUAUUGAGUCCGAAAGGUGACGAAGGAUGGACGCCGAGCCUUCCGACGCUUUCUUACACACACUGCUGGAGACUGGCCAUGACCUCGAAGCCCUCGAGGAUGACGAUGAUGGCUGGAUAAAGGACCUGGAGGCUGAGGUCCUCAGCAAUGAAAAGGAGCCUUCCUCGCCUACUUGGGUUAGCGAGGAGUCAAUUUUAAAGGUAAUGUCAACCUGACAGAGCUUGGAGUUUGAAGGAGCUUGUAUCUUCUGUUAAUUUUGGCUCUAUGGCAAUCCGCUUUCCAACUUAGGUCGUUGAACGCGUAUAGGUAGGGUGUGAAGUUGCCUAAGUUUCUUUUGUCUACGUAAUGUUGUAGUGAGGCUUUGCUGCGUUUGGCAAUGCCUUGGAUCACGAUUGAGGUGAGGACCCUGUAGAUCUUUAUUGGAUAUAUGUCGAGCGGGUAGCUAUAUCGAUACAGCCGCAAAAAGGAGUCCGCUCUUAUGCAGCGGCGUCUUGCCUCUUUAAUUCAAACAUACUUUGUUUCAGAGAUGUAUGGUAUGUGUAUUCAGUUUGUUUGUUUCUCUGUUUCCUUGCAACUCGAUUGAUUUUCAUUCAAACUCAAACAAAGCACCCAAUUGCACCUAGCCCGUACAUAUUUCUCAGUUCCAGGUUUCAGUAUUGCGUUAGUUAGUUGUCAAGCGAGCCUGACUCCGUAGAGAGGCAGCUUUUGAAGGCAACUAGUCUUGAAGGAUUAUAUCUUGAUGAAGUCCGCUUAUUAUGCUUGGUUCAUAUUCUUUACAUAUCGUUCACAUCGACGACAUUGUCUUGCCCUGCAUCUGUUUAGGUUGCAAGAGUAUGCGAUAUUUUUGUUCAUAUGACCCUGGACAAGCAUGUCAUUGUUUAUUGUUUUCCAUUGCCGCAUUGCCGCAUGUUUUUCAAUUUUUACUCCCUUACGUUUCUGACCAUAUCUCCGUUUACUACCUUCCCAUCCAUCUCAAGGUUUCGUUGAAAUCUUGGAGCUUGUAUAGUUUCCCGAGUAGUACCCUUCCUUUGUAUAUCCUGAAAUCUUUCGGUCGGAAGUUUUAACCACUUUGAUUCAAUGGUGGAUAUACCAGACUUGACUGUCUUCCGGAUGGGCAUCGCUGCACGCCAUCUGAACUAUCGCGCUGUGGGACUCCCCAGCGAUGCUUAUCCAGCGGGUGUUCCAAAGAAACCUAUGCCUGGGUAUGCAAUUACCUUAUUUUGCUGCUCUGUUGCUGCUUGAAGUACGGUGAUGGAAACUCCUACCGGACAGUUGGUCGUUUGCUGUUAACACCCGGUUUGUCUGUGUUUCGGCUACGCAUGUAUUUGACGUUGUCAUUUCAGGUUCCGUUUGGAGGAUCUCUUAAGAGAAAGCGGCCUGAUGACUCUCAGGAUUCUGUCCCGCCAAAGAAAGUACCUGGAAUAGACACUGGUAAUUUCGGGAAAGUCCCACAGGAAUUGUUCUACAACAUUCUGAAGUUUCUCUCGUCUGAGGAUCUCUCAAUGUGCGCCGGUGUAUGUCAGUUUUUGAGAGCGGCCACAUCAGAUGAGAGUCUGUGGCGCAGACUCUACUGUCUUCGUUGGGGUCCACCAGAACAAGGGGAGAGGAAAAGCAAGCUACGAGGCUGUGCUUGGAAGCAGCUUUACUUUGAGCGUGAUCAGGCAGAUAUGGUGGAGUUUGUGAGGAACACGCCUGUUGAGUUCAGGGAGUAUUACAUACAAAUGCAAGUCGCGAAACGUAGCCAAGCGCCAGUCCCUUCACAGAUACGUGACGACCUUGUUGUGAUCGAUACAUCAGUUGCUGACCACGUUACAGCAUGGCGGCGUGGGCAGAAGCUUCCCGACGUUUAUGUUGGCGAUCACUAUUGUUCCGGCCGAACAUGCUCGUAUUAUCAGAUCGGUGAUAUAUUUCUUUGUGAGAAGACUGGACGUGCCCAUAUAUGCGAUGACACAUGCCGCGAGACAGUGCUGGAUCCAUCAAAUGACCUCCUUGUCUGCACUGUUUCUGGUCGAUGCUUUGAUCGGUGGCUCGAUGGCGAUGAUGACGAAGAAGCACAGCCGGCACGUCAACAAGCAGAGAUCAACGCAGCAGCCGAAGAAGGAGAGCCUUUUAUAGGCGCAGGCAGACUCGGUCGAGCGUAUCUUCUAGGCUACAAUUGCGUGGACGAGCAAGAAUUGGAUGCAGCUCUGAGAGAGGUGGUGUAUCCAGGAGCCAAGAAACAGAAAGUAUACUCGGUCUGUGACUGUGACAGUGAGGUGUGAGAUCUGAACGUGUGUACAAUCUUCUUCUUGUACAUUGCGUAUAUGUUGUAGACUAGAGUAUGCUGAUGUCCUUCACGAGUCUCCCCACUGCCAAACAAUGACAUUCUGAUGGGUAAACAACCGUCAAAGAGGUAGGCCCUUUCUUAGGUAGUGGUUUCUAACGAUCCUCCUAGUGUAGGAUGGCACAAGGAUGGUACUCCUGGUUCGGUCCAUUAGCGAGGUACGAAGCAUGAGUAGGUUUUAAGGUUAUGAUUUAGAACGCAGACGUAAGUAGUAUCUCACAAUGUAGCCAAGUUUUAGAAUUUUAGAGGAUAUCUUAGAUGGAUCGAUGCGUCGGUGGUCUCGAAUGGGAAAUAGAUAAUAAUUUAUAUAGUUGGAACCGUGAUUAUUAAACUAAUCCCUAUUGACGUUAUCGACUGUCAAUACAAGACCAGGAAAUUGUUCCUCUUGUU